CGGGAGGCACGAAGGGGUUAAAGAGUUGGCGGUGCCGCCGCCGCGGCUCUUCGGGGAAACCCACCGGGGUGCGCGGAGGAGGGAGCGGCCGUGGGCUGCGGAGCCCGGCGCCGCGCCGGGCGGGGGCGCGGCCAAUCGGGCGGCGGGCCCGGCGCGCGCGGAGCCAGGCGACAUGGAGGGAGGCGCGGCGCCCGGCCGCCCCUGACGCGCCGCUCCGUCCCGGUGGUCGGCGAGCCCGAGCCGCCCGGGGCCCUGCGGCGCGGAGAUGAGCAGGUCCGCGGCGCUCCUCUUCUGCCUGCUGGGCUGCAACGUCUGGAAGGCGGAGACCAAGACGCUGCGGGAGCCCGGCGCCGGAGCCCAAGAGGUCACCCUGAAGGUCCACAUCAGUGACGCCAGCACCCACCAGCCCAUCCCAGAUGCGCUCAUCGAGAUUUUCACCAACCAGGUGCCCAUCGCCUCCGGCACGUCAGGAACAGAUGGCGCGGCCUUCGUUAAGUUCCAGUAUAAGCUUGGCAGUCAGCUGAUCGUCACUGCCACGAAGCACGCCUAUGUGCCAAACUCUGCGCCCUGGAAGCCCAUCCGGUUACCCGUAUUUUCUUCACUGAGCCUGGGCCUGCUUCCAGAACGAUCCGCCACUCUAAUGGUGUAUGAAGAUGUUGUCCAGAUAGUGUCAGGAUUCCAAGGUGCCCGGCCACAGCCCCGAGUUCACUUCCAGAGGAGAGCUCUGCGGCUGCCUGAGAACACCAGCUACAGCGACCUCACGGCCUUCCUCACGGCCGCCAGCUCCCCAUCCGAGGUGGAUAGUUUUCCUUAUUUGCGAGGACUGGAUGGAAAUGGAACAGGAAACGGCACCAGGUACGACCUGACCCCAGUCACGGCCGUCAGCGUCCACUUGCUCAGCGGCGAUGGGACGCCAGUGCUGGUGGAUGGGCCCAUUUAUGUCACCGUGCCCCUGGCCACGCAGAGCAGUCUGAGGCACAAUGCCUACGUGGCGGCGUGGCGGUUUGACCAGAAGCUGGGAACGUGGCUGAAGAGCGGUCUAGGCCUCGUGCACCAGGAAGGUAGCCAGAGGACGUGGACGUACAUUGCCCCUCAGCUGGGGUACUGGGUGGCUGCCAUGUCUCCUCCCAACCCAGGUCCCGUUGUCACACAGGACAUUACCACGUAUCACACGGUGUUUCUUUUGGCCAUUUUAGGAGGAAUGGCUUUCAUACUUUUGGUUUUGCUGUGUCUCCUUUUAUAUUAUUGCAGGCGGAAAUGCUUGAAACCUCGUCAGCACCAUAGAAAACUGCAACUUCCGGCAGCCCUGGAGAGUUCCAAAAGGGAUCAGUCAACUUCCAUGUCUCACAUCAACUUGCUCUUUGCUCGUCGGGAGUCAGAAUUCCCCGGUCCCCUCUCUGUCACCAGCCAUGGCCGCCCGGACGCCCCAGGGCCCAAGGAGCUGAUGAGUGGGGUCCAUUUGGAAAUGAUGUCUUCCAACGGAGAAGUGGACAUGCACACGCCCAUGCUGAAGCUCUCCUACAGUACCUCACAGGAAUUCAGCUCUCGGGAAGAGCUUCUCUCUCACAAGGAAGAGGAUAAAAGCCAAAUCUCUUUUGAUAACCUGACACCAAGUGGGACGUUGGGAAAAGAGUACCACAAGUCUGUGGAGAUUUUCCCCUUAAAGUCCAGGAAAUCUCUAGAAAGAGAAGGCUGUGAGUCCCCCGGCAACAGCGAAUACAGGAGGAGCUACAACGCCAUGCUCUCCCAGCCUUUGUUUGAAAAGCAAGACAGAGACGGUCAGGCCUCUGGUAACCAUAUUCCCACAGGAAGCAAGCUCACCAUUCAGGAACACAUGUACCCCGCGCCUUCAUCUCCCGAAAAGGAGCAGCUGCUGGACCGCAGGCCUACUGAGUGUAUGAUGUCGCGAUCAGUAGACCACCUGGAGAGACCCACGUCCUUUCCGCGGCCAGGCCAGCUGAUCUGCUGCAGUUCCGUGGACCAGGUCAAUGACAGCGUUUACAGAAAGGUCUUACCUGCCUUGGUCAUCCCCGCUCAUUAUAUGAAACUCCCGGGGGACCAUUCCUAUGUGGGCCAGCCCCUAGUCGUUCCAGCCGACCAGCAGCUGGAGAUCGAAAGACUGCAGGCUGAGCUCUCCAGUCCCCAUGCAGGGAUCUUCCCGCACCCCUCCUCCCAGAUCCCGGCGCAGCCCCUGUCGUGCCAGGCCAUCUCCCAGCAGCACUUGCAGGACGCAGGCACCCGGGAGUGGACCCCGCAAGGUGCGUCCAUGUCAGAGUCACUCUCCAUCCCGGCAUCCCUGAACGAUGCGGCCUUGGCUCAAAUGAACAGUGAGGUCCAGCUCCUGACGGAAAAGGCGCUGAUGGAACUCGGGGGUGGGAAGCCGCUCCCACACCCCCGGGCGUGGUUCGUCUCCCUGGACGGCAGGUCCAACGCGCACGUUAGGCAUUCCUACAUUGAUCUCCAAAGAGCUGGAAGGAACGGAAGUAAUGACGCCAGCUUGGAUUCUGGCGUGGAUAUGAAUGAACCAAAAUCUGCCCGGAAGGGAAGAGGAGACCCCUUGUCUCUGGCGCAGAACCACCCGGCUGGCCAGGAGCAUCCGCCGAAAGAGCCGAGGGCCACGGACAGCGCCUCCUACACGCAGCUCGUGUACCUGGACGACAUGGACCAAAGCGGGAGCGAGUGCGGCACGACCGUCUGCACCCCCGAGGACAGUGCCCUGCGGUGCUUGCUGGACGGCUCCGGCCGGAGAAGCGGCGGCCAGCUGCCCAGCCUGCAGGAGGAGACGACAAAACGAACUUCGGACGUGCCCCCGGAGCCGCUCGCCAGCUCCGAACAGAGAAGAUCUGCUCAGGAGGACGACGAAGAGGAAGAUGAGGAGGACCAAGGAGAAGACAAGAAGAGCCCCUGGCAGAAACGAGAGGAGAGACCUCUGAUGGCGUUUAACAUUAAAUGAGCGAUCACAGAGCCACCCGACCGUGGAGUAUAAUACAGUUGCCAAAAAUUCUUUCUUACAGAAGCGUUUACCUGUCAGUGGAAGACAUAGGACGGCGGCGCCCGUGGGAGUGGACUUCCGCUGCGUCAGGGUUCACUGUGUCAUUGUCAGAAGAGAAUCAAAGUUAUGACUCAGAAUAAAGGAUGAUGUUAACCGAUGCCUCGCCUCCAGGGAGACGGCUGAACGUAGCGCCCGGGUGUCCCUCGGCGUCUGGGACACGGAGAAACCACAAGUGAUGUUGCUAAGGUUCUGCUGAUAACCUCAGUUCUCCCUCAGAUUCUGGAAACGGAUGAAACUCUUUUUACAUUGCUUGAAUCCAUUUUAUCAUGAUAAUGCUCCUGUGAAGUUAUUAUUGAGAAAUUAGCUUAGCACUUAGUGUCUCGAGGUAUGCAUUAUCUCAAAGGAAAGCUAUGCAUCGCUGCUUCGUGCUCUUACUUUGCUUAGGUUUUUUGCGUUGGUUCGAUUUUGUUUCGGGUUUGCUUUAAAGACAAAAACAAAAACAACGCAGUUUGGUUGUAAAGAUUUCCUUCAUUCGUUUUCAUCUGUUCUGCUUCUCGGUGGUUUAUUUCGGUGUCUUCUUCCGGGAACUCCCGAGUGUCACCUCUUAACAUCCAAGCCUUUUAAAUGAAAUCGUACUGAAGUUUUUAUCAGCUGAGAGCCCUUCAAUUCUGGUCCCAUUAACUCCAAGUGCCUUUUUUACAGUGACAACAACAGUCCCUCACCUUUCUUCUUCUUUUUUUUUUCUUUCUUAACUCCUUUAAUUGAACUGCCUGGAUUUUAUAAAGUUAUUAAAUGAGACCCCUUUUCUUUAAGCUGCAUGAUGCCAAGUGCCCGUUUGUGCUCCAAAUUCUCAUUUCAACGCAGUGUUCUCUCUAGUUCCCAUGUGUGACGUGGAUUCUGUUGAGCUAAGGUAGACUAGAGGACACUUUAGAGAUCCCCUUCCCUCCUCUGUCUCUUCGGCCACUAGCCACCAUUAUGGUUUCAUUGGCUGUCUGUAUAUACGGUUAUGUAUCAACUCGGGAAUCCUAUGGGCUGAUCUUGCUCACCCAGACAUGGAGUAUGGACUGAGCAAGUGAAUGUGAGUAUUACAGAAAUCGUAUGUACUAUCCAAAAGUGCCAGAAUGACUCUUCUGUGCAUUCUUCUUACAGAGCUGCUUGGUUAUCCAAAAAUGAAAAUUCAAAAUAAAUGCUGAAU